UCGAACCACAUGAUGCCGCACUGGAGUCGGCGCGACUCGAUCCUGGUGCUCGGCGAGGCGGAGGACUCGGUGACCAUGGGCAGCGCGGAUCAGUACAUCUUCACCUACAGUCUGAUUGUCAGGAUUGGGACCGCGGGUGAGUGGGCUGCCGCUGAACUCAGCGAGGCUCUACCCGCUGCAGCUCGCUGUGCCGAACCUCAUCGACGUCCACAUCCCAGAGCAGGUAAACAGACCGCACGUCGUCUCGCCGGACAAACGCUUCCACGCCGCGCCGUUCUCCGUGCCCAUCGGCAAGCACGGCCUCAAGUACUGCGCUUGGAACGGCACCAGGCUCGUGGACUUCAUCAUGGUGAGGCUGACUUGGAGCUGGCAGAGGGCGGGGCGGGGGCGCCUUACCGUGUGUAACGCGUUCGUCCCGCUCGCGCAGGGCUACUUCCUGGUCGUGCCGUCCCCGCUGCAGUUGGUGAUGCUGGGCGGCUCGGCGCGCACCGUCUCGCCCCGCCAGGCGCUCGUGCUGGACGCGAGCGCCUCCAUCGACCUCAACGAGAAGGACCUCCGCCGCGUGUCCUUCACGUGGACGUGCGUGCCCGAGGACGACGAGGACGGCGACGGCGGUGGCUGCCCCUUCCGGAGGGCGACGGGCCCGCGGUGGAUCGUCAUGUCCCACACGCUCAGCGACGGCCAGCGGUUCACCGUGGUGCUGGAGGCGGCCCGGGAGUUCCUGGAGACACUCGUGGUCCGACAGGCCGUGACGGUGGACGCCGAUCUAGCGUUCAACGUUGACAUCAUGUAAUAUUGCCCCCCCCCCCCCCAGCACCUCUUCCAAGAUUGAAAAUAGCCGUUCGAUCUGAUUGCUCCUCGGCGAACAGAUGCGAGAGGAAUUGUGGAUCCGGCCUCGGUGUGCUGUCUACGGAGCGCGUCUCACUGAGGGCCCGCUGCUCGCCGUCUUGCCCGAAGCUCUCCUGGUCGCUCAGCCCAGCCCUGGGCUCCGGGGAAACUCAAGGGAGCAGAGAGGCGAACCUGCCCCUCGGAUCACAGGGGCGACGAUUCGUCAUCGCACCGCCCAGCCUCGUUGAGCACUCCAAGUACUACGUCAACCUGAGUGGUGGGGGACCUGUUCUUGCUCGGCCGCACUGUUUGGCAAACCUUCACGACUUAUUGAAACUGUCCUUGACGCUGCCGUGCAGUGCCCGUGGGUGACGCGUGGGUCGAGGUGUCGUCCCUGAGCCUGUCCAUGACGCCCAAGCCGGACCACUCGUGCAGCUCGCGUGGAUACGGGGUGCGGACCACCAUCAAGUGCCACGACGUCUCGGACCCUUCCUCCCGAUGGACCACCUACACACUCUACAAGUUCUUCCAGCGUUCGCCCAAGGGCGGUGCGAAAACCAUGCAAUUGCCAGUGCCGAAACAUAUGCCAGUUGGAUUUUGUGCCUAUAGUGGUGACCGUCGUGACGCUCUCGGGCGUGUGGGCGGGUUUGCAUGCUCUCACCGCGUGGCCCGAGAGAGUAGGCAACCUGUCCACACGCGCGCAUGCGGUGCGGUAUCCGUGACGGGGUCUGUCAGCCUCAGCCACCUCGUACUGCAAUAAGGGAAAACAAACGAGGCACGUCUGACUCCAGGGCGGGUCUUGGUCGGCUACACGUUCACGGGGAUCGGGGUGGCCCUCGUUUUCCUCAACGCCCCCGUCGAGGUGGUGGCCACCAUGCCGUGGGGCGCCGAGUGGUCCACGAACCUGACCGUGGCUGGGGUAGGUAGUACUACAAAGUACACACGAGGAUAGAGUAGGAGUCGUGCAUGCGAAGUGCAUGGCUUGCGUGUGGAGUCGACUUCCGUCAUGCAGUUAGUCCCCGUCCCCGACAGGGCCGGCCCUCCAGCCUCAAUCUGUCGACGACACUCUCCAAGGCGGAGGCGCGGUACCACAUGGGGAACGAAAUGGGUGAGUAGCGCCACCCACCGGGUUGUGUGACGCGAUCUCAGAGGUUGCUGACGAAACUAUCCCUCUCCAACGCCAGUGGCCACCGUGAUGGUCGCCUCCGCCCUCACCGUGAUCCUGGAGCGGGGAGAGACUCCGGAUCAGAAGGACUUGUCCGCCGCGGCGGCUCUCUGUAAUCAGGUUGGACUCCAAAUGCCUGAUCAGAUCGCAUCCAAAUUCACGUCGAGUCCGUUGUUGGUUGUUUGGUCACUCUCUGUGAUCGUCGACCUCCGUCCGCAGUACAUGGGCAGCACCCCGCACGCGGCCCUCUGGUGGCAGUACGCCGAGCUGACCCUGAUCCUGGGCGAGCUGGGCAUACGCGGCGCGGGCACGUUCAUGGACGACCUCUCGGAGCACUUGGGCGCGAUGUUGGUCGCCGUCUCGGACCAGCUCGUGCAGCUGGCCAAGAACCGGGAGCCGCCCGCCAUCAGCUCAGAGGACGUGGAGGACCGCUUCCGGUGAGGUCGACGUCGAGCAGCAGACUCUGUUGAACGCCUUCCUACUCCUAUGGUAUCUCGAGUACCCCAUUUUAUUUCACUUUCUCAGGAAGAUAACCCUCGUUGUGACGUACAUGACGGUGGAUGCGGACAGCGACAUGGCCAAACAGAUUCGCAAUCUGAGCGUGAGCGAAGACGAACUGGAGCCGGACUACCUGCUGUACACCGAUUUGAUGCCCGGCCACAUGGAGCGGGAGCGCAAGGUCCGUCGAGCAUCGAUGCUUUCUCGAGCAAUAUUAUAUAGAUUCUCCGAACUCUCAACACAAAACAGUCCGGGUAAAAGUCAGAAUAGUCUUAUUCAUUUUCAAAAUUUUGUGAAAACAUGAUGGUGAAGUACUUUUUACAAUGAAAUAUUUCACAGUUAAAUUUUAUUUGCAACAUAUCUCUAUUUGGUCUUCCUUGACGCCAGUUUCGAGCUGGCGCCCGCGCCGCCAUCAAGACCCUCUACAACAUCAUCCGCGCCGAGCAGUGGAGGCUGCUGCCGGGGCUGCCGCCCGUCCAGAUUGACGUUGACUCCAGCGGCACCGCCGCGGGCCUCGGCAGGAUAACCGUGUGGAGCCAGGUGGAGACGAUGGCCGGCCUGGCUGAGCGCCCAAACGCGACGCUGCCGGAGAACUGCGACUUCCACGUGGAUGCGGAGAGGGGCCGCGAGCUGGACCUGCGCGCGGACGCGUUCGCCCUGACGGUGUGGUUCGCUGGUGCGCUCUAUCUAUGCCCUCGAGCAAUCUUGAGGGAUCCCUCCUACGACGAUCUGCUCUCUGCAGGUGGCGUUCAUCAGGGGCAGCCUGACCUGGUUUGAGCCGGUGCCGACCGACAUCUACUCGAACACCCCGACCUCGGCGCUGGUGGACUUGCAGGUGUUCGACGACGGCCCGGUCGGGCCGGCACCCCCCGUGGCCGAGGUCAUCGGCGUCACCCUGCCGGCCCCGAGCGCCGUCGCGGCGGACGAGGCCCGCGUCCAGGGGCAACUGCGGGCUCUGACGAGGGACGCCGAGUGGACGGACCACGUGCUCGUGUACCACCUGCACGCCUACGACGGCACGGGUGCGGUGCAGGUGACCUUCCCGGCUCGCGCGGGGGGGCAGGGGCGCGGUGGAAGCGAGAGGGCGGCCGGCGUGAGUGUUAGCUUGCUCGAUCUGUAGUUGAAGCAGGUGGACGGGAUCAAGACAGUUUAGUCACUGGUGCCUCUCUGCUCCCACUUGUAGCUGGAAAUGGUGGUCGUGCUGCAGGAGAAGUGGCCCAAGAGCAAGGACUUCUACUCCUCCCGGGCCGUGGUCGUCAGUCAGACCCAGGACGUCGUCAUCGGCGUCGCCGUUCGGAACAGGCUCAACUCGUUCGUGCACCUGGGAUUGGCGUUCGCCAACGCCACGUUGGAGAAGGCGGCGGCGAGAGGUCAGACAGAGAUCACCUACGACUUCAGCUUCACCCCGCUCAAUCUGGCCUGCAAGAGCUGGAGCGACUCGCGCUACCGGUGGGUCACGGGCGAGCAUAGGGAGCUGUGGCAGCUGAGCGGGCCGCGCGCGCUCACCUGCGCCCUGCACCACCUGUCGCUGUUCUCGGGGCUGGUGCUGCUGCCGCCGCACUUUGUGCACCCGAUGCGCGACGCCGCGCUCUUCGCCACGCUGUACCGCAACUGGCUCGUGUUCGUGUACGUGAUGGUAACCCUCUUCAUCUGGCUCGUGUGGCUGCCGUUCGCCAUCCGCCAGGACCGCGUCGACAGAGAGGAGGUGGGGGUCUCGUACGAGAGGAGUGCUAAAGAGCGAGCGUCUCCCGCGAGAGAGAGGAGUGUAGAGGCUGGUCCCUCUGUCGGCUCACAUUCACUCUCGGCGCAGUGGAGGGUGGUGGUGCUGGACGACAUCUCCCCGGAGGCGCAGUACCCCUACCUGGUGUCGGUCUUCUCGGGCAACCUGGCUCAGGGGCAGACCACGGCCUACGUCGGCAUCCGAAUCUGCGGCGACAAGCAGGACAGCGGGGUUUGUUACUUGCGGAGCGGAACUGGGUUGGACGCUAAAACUUCAGUGCAGUUACUUUUGAACCUGGAAGAACUUAGACUGCUGCUCACGAACUUGAGUGAUGAACGUCUACCAAAGUUCCUGAAGUGUGACUAUACUGUGCCCGGGCAGCCGCACAUGCUGUCGCACGAGCGGCGCGCGCUCAGCCGCACCUACGACGACUGGUUCCUGCUGUACACGUCGGGCCCGCUGGGCGAGCUGCUGUCCCUCGAGCUGUGGACGGACUGCGCCGGCAUGCGGCCGUACUGGUACUGCGAGAAGGUGCUGGUGGAGGAGCUGCGCACGGGCCGCGUGUGGACCUUCCCCGCCUACUGCUGGCUGUCGCUCGAGCACGGCACGCGGCGGGCGUGCGUCACGCUGCCACCCGCGCCGCUGCUCUGGAAGCACCGCUUCAACUCGCUCAUCAAGGCGACGGCGCGCGGCGACCACACCUGGCUCAGCGUGCUGUUCAGGCACCCCCGCAUGACGUUCAGCCGCGCCCAGCGCCUCAGCGUCGCCUUCUCGGAGCACUUCCUCGACAUGGUGGUCAGCAUCAUGUUCUUCAAUGUGGCAGAGGAAGUGGGUAGGCUAUGCCUGGAAAAAACGGCUGCAGGGCUCGCGACCUUCUGCGGGUGACAUGUUGCUUUACUGCUGACAUGUGCGUCCGUGGCAGAGUCGAAUCUCACGACCGUCCCCGAGAUGCUGUGGCACGGCUUUAUGAUCGGCCUGGAGAGCAGCCUGAUCACCAUGCCGGUGGCGCUCCUCAUCAACUGGAUCUUCCAGGUCGAGGAGGUGGAGGCGACUCCCCCCGCGGGCGAACAGAAGAGUUCGGCCCCGCUCGACCACUGGCCGUCGUCGGGCCGGGCGUCUAUCGCGCCCUACGCCGUGGCGUCGAUGGCGAGCGCCAGGGCGGCCGAGGCGGGCGUGGCGGGAGCGGUGUCUGCGGGCGCCCUGGCCGUGGCGUCCGCGACGGCGUCGCCCGCCGCCGCCGCAUCCCUGCUCCAGGCGGUCGGGGAGUGGCUCCAGCCCGGCCCGGCGCAGUACGAGUACGUCCUCGCGCAGCCGGGGGCUCCGGCUCUGGGCCCAGCAGCCGGCGAGGUCGGCGCGCGGCCGAGGCCACGGGCGGUGCGCCCGGGGCUGGGGCGAAGCAACAUGCAAGGACCAUCGCAGCCGACCCUAAUCACCCCCAUUGCGUUGGGAGAGACGACGGAGGGGGGCCUACCCGUCUCCAGGAUACCGUUGGAGUCGAGCAUCAGGAUGACGACCGAGCGAUGUUCUGGUGCGGUUCCGACUUUGGUGGCCCCGCCCUCCUCAACGACUGACGCCUCCACUUCCGCAUCGGAUUUCUUCCCCACAGGCUACCGGAAGCUGCGCAUCCGGACGGUGCCCCGAUCUUCCGGGAUGCCCACCGUCGUCGUGUACCUGGGCGGCUGGGUCGACCCGAACGAGAGCGAGGAGCAGGAUGAGAACCAGGCAAAACUGAGGUGCACCACCCGCCGGCUCUUCCAUAAGAUCGCUCGCUCCGCUGGAAAUGUCGCUGUCCCUUUGGUACUUACAACUACUCCGCCAUUCCUGCAGACCUCCAGCCAAUAGGUCCGCUGUCAUGGAGGCGGCGACCCCGUCGGUGUCUGUGUCGGUGCGUGCAGAUCCCUCGACUUCAUCGGCACCGGCCGAGGUCGGCGCCGACGCCAGCACUCUCACUUUACCCAUGGAACCGCCA